UUCGAGAAGCCGUUUCACUCAGAUAUAAGGUAUAGGAAAGUAAAGACUAUCACAACUUCGGUUUCAUGCCUGUUCAUCUUCUAAUGUCACUCAUUUGGAUCACACAUGCUCUUUUUGUUUCCCGGCAGUAGAUGAAUGUAAUUUUUUAUCCUGCGUGUCAGUUUUCUCGCCACUGUCCUUGGUGCUGAAGUCACGGACAAGCUGGAAUAAUAUCAUAAUCACAGGUCUCUGAGAAACAGCAGGUUUUCCAUAAUUACUCAAAAAUAUAAAAUAGAGACGGAGGUUCUCUGGAACUGUGUCUGUCUAUCACAUCAUAUACAGACUCUAUUUUAGCACUGGUGUGUCGUGAGUUGCGUCCCACACUUGCGUGGUGUAAGACUACCUCAGAUUUUUCCAUCGGUGUUGGGUUUCAUUCGAUUCAUGUAGGCACAGUGGAUAUUUAUGACGACCGGCCGAUGAUGACUAACACAGGUGAAUACAGAACUAAGGUCAGUUUAAAACCACUGAAACAGGAAAUGCAUGUGCAUGCAAGUCAGUGUCAGGUUUCUCAUGUCCUCUUUUUCAUCAAGGUUAAUGUCACAGAUUAACUUCUUAUUUUACCUCUUUGGUUGUAAUGUCAUAACUCUGACUACACCAGGUGGAAGUUAUUUGUUACUUGGCACAAACCAGUGUUUCAGUUCCCAUGUGCAAUGAAUGGAUUUCAAGAGCAGGGGCUCUUAUCGAUGUAACCGCAACAUUUGUGAAUGUAAAAAAGCAUGAUGGUCAUCCGUCAAGCACCUUAUCAUCUCAUUUUGGGGUGAAAUGAGAAUUAGACAUACAGUCGUAACGUAAAAGCCACAUGUGAGGUGUUCUCUGAGUGCAAAGCAGGGUUGUGGUAUAUGAAUAGGAAGUAAACUGUUUCCUCACGUACAAAGAGAGCUGUUUGAAAAUUUAACUAAAUGUUUUCCCUUUUAUGUAGCCAACAUUUGACUCAUGCAUAGAGGGUUGCAGAGUCUGUAAUCUUACAAAGCAGAUAUGGUUGUAUUGGUUUGCUUAAAAAUGUGAUAUUAUGUGUUUUUAUUAUAUAUUAGGCCUAAAUGUGAUUUUUAUUGAAAUAUUUAUUUUAUUUUUUUUAUUUAUUUGAGAAGAGUUCCUUAUCGGAACAUAAGUCAUUUCUUCAAAUGUUAUCAGUCGAUCAAAUAAUUUCAAAGACGUCAUUAACUUGCUUUGUUGGAGUGCUCAAUGAUGGAUGACAUGUGACGGUGUGGGCGGAGCCACACAAACGCUGCGGUCUGCUGUCAUCUGUAAAGUGUGAAUGAACUCAAGCGGAUCUGCAUCAGACAAACACGAGAGGCAGGCAUUCACACAGAUGAUCAGACUGAGGAAAAGAGACUUCCUUAUGAGCAAGAUUGUUGUCAAGAUCAUUCAAAUACCUUCUGCUCUCGCCCGAGGACUGGGAUUAUCACAGUUUCCCCGUUCCUUGAACAGCAGUUUUAUGCAUGGAAGACAUGAAGAACCUUUCUAACUGACUCAUCAAUGUCAUGUGGAUAUCUGCACUGUGAACCCCACCAUGGAAGAAACAUUCGGUGGCGUGUCCUCAGUCGUGGAGACUAGUCUCUACCACAAUGUCCAUUCCAUCCUCAGAGAACUGGACUGUGAACCUCAAGCUGGAUCAGCCUCCAAUAAAGGCAUGUUGAGAUGGACUCUGCAUAACAGGGUUGACAGAAAUCCAUCUAUCAGUAUCCCUCUGGUGAGGGUUCUUAUAAAAGAACUUGAAAAGGCGGAGAGAAUUGAUUCUAAGGUCCGCAUCAUUCCUUUACUUCACACACUUUCCUACGCAGUCCUACAGUCUGUAUUUAUUCCAGAAGACCUCUAUCAAAGGAUGUACAUUUGCCUGAAAAGUUUAGUUACGUUACCUGUACCUUACUGUGCGAUUGCACUUAACUAUGCAAGACAGAUGAAAAUGGAACAAAUUGCACCAGGAAUACUGUAUCAAAGGAGAGUCAUUGCUGAACACAGCCUACGUAAUGAUCUUUAUCCACUUCAUGAGAAGGUGUUUGUGUUCAUAGAUCCUGCUGUGUUUCCCCUGUCUUUGGUGAACGCGCUCAAGGCUGACGUGGAGUGUGCGGACUCUGGUGGAGACCCACUGAUCUACAAACGCAGGGUUUUACUGCACACAGUGAUAGCUGGAUUAGGAAAGCAGUGCCGUGUUGACCAGCUUGCACAUGCUCUAGAGCAUUUAGGUGAAGACCUGGAGCUGCACUUCCAGGAGGUUGUUACCAUUCUAGAGCAGAGAACAGAAGAUGGAGCUUCUGAGGAUAACCAAUACAAAACGAGAUUACAAGAGAUCUACCAAGCCAUCCUGACUGCUGCAAAAGAUCCAGCCUCGUGUCCAGCCUCACAAGCGGAAACUCAGCUGCCCAGUCCAGAGGUCAGCUUCCAUGUCUGGACCAAAGAGGAUGAGAUAUGGAAUGAGCUGGUUAACUUUGCACUGAUGGUUCCUGCAGACCGAAACUCUGCUUAUCUGGACGAGGAUGACCUGAAACGUGACUCUGUCAUGUCCACCAUGUCCACGGACAGUGGCAUCGAGGGAGACAUGCCCAUCAGUGAGUUCUCCGCUAUAAUGAUAGAGUCUCAGGGCGGCCCAGAGGACCAGAGCAGCUCUCAGUCCUUCUACAGGAGGCCGUGUGUGCGUCUGCCCAAAGCUGGGAACAGAAUGACACUCAUGAUGGAGGCCAUUAAGGGAAAUGGAGGAUACGUCCUCUCUAAAGAGGAAAGGAACCUCACGGCUCGUAUUGUUGUUAUGGGUGAUGACAGAACUCUAGGCCGGCUAGCCAAGACUCUCCACACUAUUCGGAAAAGGGAGGCACGACAUCUGCUGCUGACAAAGAGAGUGAAUCUGGAGAUGUAUUACAUUCCAGUGACUGACCAGUCGCCGCCUUCCAAUCAGGAGGGUUUUCCUGAAGACAUGCUGACACUGGCAGGGUACUUGGGAAGCGUGGAUUUGUGGUAUGACUGUAACAUUGCCGGUUUGGGAGCCAUGAUUCUAAAACUGGCCCAAAUGCAGACAAGUCAGAGCGAAUCUUCAGACCCCAACACCUUCCUGCUAGAUAUUAUCUCAUACUACACACGUAUCAGCCAGCAUCCGGUGCACCUUCCCAUCUACUCUGUCAAGAUCUGCUUCUCUGGCCUCAGCACCCACACAGUGGAGGAAGUGUUUGUGGCUCAGCUCGAGAUGGACUUCCCCGAGGUCAAACGCUACAGAGCCACAUUUAAAGACACAAUUAAAGGUUCAGUGCGUUACAAAAAAUACAACCUGCAAGAAUUUUAUGGUGCAGUUGUGUCAGUUAAUUAUAGAAAGGCCUCAAUAAGCGACAGAGAAGUUGAGAGGGGAAUGUCUUUGUCGACAAGUGGCAUGUUGAUCAGGGUCUCACCUUCCUGCAGAGUCAAAAGUUUACAUAGUGUCAGCAUAAGUUUCCAAGAUACGAUUCCCACAAGGCCCAGCACGCCUUCAUUCAGAGCUGUUAGUGUCAAUAUCAGAGUCCUGGAGGAGCGGACGUUCACAGUGUGUCUGGAUAAAGACUCGCGUAAAACAUUCAAGAAUGUCCAGAGCAUUGAAGUUUCUCCAUGCUUGGACCCGGGAUACUGCCAUCAGCCGAGUACCAAGUCCAAGUACAGUUUUGGAGAGGGAGGUGAAUCACUGAGCAAAUACCUGAAUAAGACCCUCACGCUACCAAUCAACACCUUCUGUGGCAAUGAACAAUGACAUAAUGACUCAAAUUCAUGAUACAAGCGCUUGAGUCACGAGACAAUCUGAAACCCUAUACCUCUCUGAGGCUUUUCUUGUUUGUGCAUUUCCUCUUUUUGCCACUUCUCUGUUGUCUAAAAUACAUGUAACCUCAAGAGGCCAUGACUUCCUGCUGAACUAUGAACAGACAUGCUGUUCAUAGACUGUGAAUGUGUGCUGAAGUUAUGCUGAAAUAGUGUCACCUUGAUUGCACAAUUUUUGCAAAAUGUCCUGCAGUCUGCAUGUUUACACUACAAUAAUGUGUUUGUAUGUUACUAAUUUAACACUUUGGAAGCACUUAGACUUUCAUUUGACACUUGCCAAUAAUUAACAUAACAGAAAAAAAGGCUUGGAAGAUUUUGUUGCAGGCAUUUUGGAUCAGAAUGGCAUGCUAGCUAACAUAUUUUUCUGCAUUAUGCAGUAUAUACACUGUGUGCAGUAUGCAAGUUUGGAAACCUGUUACGUUUGCCGAAAUGUGCAGUAUAACCUCAAGAACAAUAUGUGGGAUAUUGUAUUUUUUCACAAUGUAAUGCGCUCUAUUUUUAUUAACUGUAUGACAAAUGAUUGAUAUCAACUGUGAUUUUUAAACAUUUUCAUCUUGACUCGUGUUUUGAUCACACCGUCAACAACUGUAAAGCAACAUUAUUCUAUAUAGAUUCAUUAUUCUAUAUAGUUCUAUAUAGAACUAAAGAAAACAAUAUUAUAAAACAGGCACCAUACAGAUUCAUAAUAUUUUACAAUAGUCUAUAUGUGCCGUUUACAUUUUUCACAGCAUUAAGUGACUUCAAGAACAAGUUUGUUGCGUAAAUUUUAUACAUUCGGCAUUUGUGAAUAAAGAACUGAUGAACUCAU